AUGCUUAUAGGCCACUGGGUUGUUUCCAAUCGACCCGGUAGUCGUUUGCAUGAAUGUGCUCUCGGGCUGCAGCGACAUCUUGAGAUGCGACUAUCUGAGAUGGGCAUCCUUCCAGAAUCUCACUCCUCAACUCCUUUGACGACACUGGCGGGAUCAACUGGGGUUACUGAGACUCUAGCCACCACUGCCAGACCAACACUAGAUACCGCUGAUGGUUCUUUAUGUACAGUUACCAAGCGACGGCGCAUAACAACUCUCGCACGCACCUAG